AUGGAUGGUGCUGGUAGUAUAACAUUUUGGGGUUAUAGUCCUAGUCUUUGUCUAACAAAAUAUAUUGAUAAACAAUCAGAAGAAUUACCUCUUCGACUAUUAUUAAUUGGUAAUGGUGAUAUUCGUCAUAUAUUUCAUACAUUAGCAUUAACAACAUCACCAAUACAUAUUUAUAUACUUGAAUCUCAAUUAGAAAUUUAUGCACGUCAUUUACUUUUUCUUCAAUUAAUAUUUACAUCAAUUAAUCAAAUAGGUUUACAAGAAAAAUGUGAACAUUAUCUUGAAUUAUUUGCUAAUUUACAUAUUAAUACACAUACAGAACAAUAUUUAAAACAAGCAUCUACACAACUUAUUCAACAUAUAACAAAUAUAAAUGGAGAAUUUCAAUUUGCAUCUAAUGUAACAAUUGAUACAACAUUAUUAAAAUAUAAAGAAAAAGAUUUUCUUGAAGGUAUAUUUCAAUUUUGGCGAACAUUAUCUACUAAACAACCAUUUCCAGCUGAAUUAGCUUGGGAUGGUCGUGUUCGACAAUAUUUAGGAACACGUUUUGAUACUCGUCGUAAUGCUUUUGAUUGGGAUUUACAUAUGAAAUUAUAUGAACGAGGUUUUAAACGUUUAAAUGUUCAUGAAUAUGGUGAUUGGCGUGAAAAUGGUCUUGCUUUUCGUUUAACACAUCAAGAUUAUACACAACCAAAUCGAACACUUGCUUCUGCAUUUGUUUUUCAAAAUUCUGAUGGUACUAAACAAGCUCGUCGUGGUUAUUGGGGUGAUAUUAUAACUGGACCAUUUCUUUCACAUGGUCUAUUACCUAUUGAUAAUGAUGAUUCACAAAUGCAAGCAAAAGCUAAUGAUAAAUAUAUUAAAACAGCUACAGAUGUAUCUGAAUAUAAUGUUCUUAAACUUUUAAGUCAUCUUCAAGAACAAAAUAAUCAAAUUAAAAUUAUUCUAUUACCAUUAAAUAGUAUAUCAGAUUUAUGUACUGCUAGUAAAGAACGAUAUCAUCAUCUUCAAUUUGAUUUAAUUUAUAUUGGUUGUAGUUUAACACAUUAUCUUAAUGAACAAGGUGAAAAUUUUUCAUCAUUAAUUAUGUCAAAAAAUUCAACAUUAAUAUUAGAAUUACCAACAUUUCUUCUUGAUCUUAAAAAAGAUCAACUUGAACAAUUAGAAAAACGUUAUGAUGAUAUGGCAAAAAAUAUUGGUUGUAUAGUACAAGAUAAUGAAGAACUUAAAACGAAUGCUUUUAAAAUUUAUAAAUAUAAUCGUUCAUAA